UCUCUCUGCCGGGUCAGGAUGGAAAGGCUUACACAGGCAGGGGAGGAAACAUGUCAUGAGAGGUGAUGACACAGCUACGGAGACGUAUCCACAUCCUCACUGACUCCCAAGUUCGCUGCUCGCCGCUGCUUUUGCUGCUGCUGUUACUGCGUCCCACAGAGGAGAGAGAGAGAGCCUAAGAUAGCCUCCAUUCUCCCCCCCACCUCUCUCUCUUCCUCUCUUUUUCACUUUGUUUGUGGAUGAUGGGAUUUUAAUCAUGUGGAAGACAGCUGAGCGGCUCUUCUGGAUUACGCUGACGCUGCGCCUGGUCCCGCCUGGCCUCCUCUGAGCAGGAUGGACACUCUGGAGUCAGAGCUGACCUGCCCAAUCUGCCUGGAGCUCUUUGAAGACCCUCUACUGCUCCCCUGCGCCCACAGCCUGUGCUUCGGCUGCGCCCACCGCAUCCUCAUCUCCCACUGUACCACCAACGAAUCUGUUCAAAGCAUCGGCGCCUUCCAGUGCCCCACCUGUAGAUAUGUCAUUUCCCUGAGUCCGGAGCGUGGACUAGAAGGACUUAAGAGAAACGUGACCUUGCAGAACAUUAUUGAUAGAGUUCAGAGGGCCUCAUCUUCAGCUGGGCUGCCUCUACCUCUGCCCUUGCCUGCGCCCCACAGUGGGCCCAACUCUCCCGGAGAGGAAGGGAGCAACCGAUUGGCGCUGGUCCCCGUCAGCGCCGCCAUGUCCAGCCUAGGAACACCUCCUGAACCGGUCCAGUGCCAGUUCUGCGAGCAGGACCCGCCGCAGGAUGCCGUCAAAACGUGUGUGACGUGCGAGGUGUCGUACUGCGAGGAGUGCCUCCGAGCGACGCACCCAAACAAGAAGCCGUUCACCGGCCACCGGCUCAUCGAGCCCAUGCCAGACUCCCACCUCAGAGGGCUCCAGUGCCUGGAGCACGAGGAGGAGAAGGUCAACAUGUACUGUGUCAGUGAUGAUCAGCUGAUCUGCUCGCUGUGCAAACUGGUCGGAAGGCACAGGGACCACCAGGUGGCAGCACUGAGCGACCGCUAUGAAAAACUCAGGCAAGCCCUGGACUCCAACCUGAGCAAUUUGAUCAAGAGGAACAACGAGCUGGAGUCACUUAUGGGGAAAUUGAUCCAGACUUGUCAACAUGUAGAGGUGAACGCGUCCCGCCAGGAGGGCAAGCUCAUGGAGGAGUGUGAUGUCCUGAUUGACAUUAUUCAGCAGAGGAGGCAGAUCAUUGGCAGCAAGAUCAAGGAGGGGAAGGCACAAAGGCUUCGGAAGCUCGCCCAACAGAUCUCCAACUGCAAGCAGUGCAUCGAGAGGUCCUCGGCCCUCAUCACACAGGCCGAUCAGACACUGAAAGAAACCGAUCACGCUCGCUUCCUGCAGACUGCCAAGAGCAUCAACGAGAGGGUUUCCAUGGCAACUGCAUCAACCCAAGUGCUGAUCCCUGAGAUACACCUAACAGACACCUUCGACACUUUUGCCCUGGACUUCGCCCGAGAGAAGAAGUUGCUGGAGAAUCUGGAUUACCUUACUGCUCCAAGUGCUCCAAACAUAAGGGAGGAAUUGUGCACAGCAUCCUACGACACCAUCGCUGUCCACUGGACGUCCGAUGAUGAAUUCACAGUGGUGUCCUAUGAGCUCCAGUACGCCAUCUUCACUGGACAGUCUAACAUUGCCAGUCUGUGUAACUCGUUGGAGAGCUGGAUGAUUGUUCCGAACAUCAAGCAGAACCACUACACAGUGCACGGUCUGCAGAGUGGCACCAAGUACAUCUUUGUUGUUAAGGCCAUUAACCAAGCGGGAAGCAGGAGCAGUGAACCAGGGACUCUGAAGACCAACAGCCAGCCGUUCAAGCUGGACCCCAAAUCUGCCCACAAGAAGCUGAAGGUGUCCCACGACAACCUGACAGUGGAGCGGGACGAAACCACAUCCAAGAAAGGCCACAGCCAGGAGCGUUUCACCAGCCAGAGCAGCUACGGCGUGGUGGGAAAUGUCUACAUCGACAGUGGUCGUCACUACUGGGAGGCUUUAAUUGGAGGGAGCACAUGGUACGCUGUGGGUAUAGCCUACAAAUCAGCCCCCAAGCACGAGUGGAUCGGCAAGAACUCGGCCUCCUGGGUGCUCUGCCGCUGCAACAACUCCUGGGUGGUUCGCCACAACAGCAAAGAGCUGGCCAUCGAGCCCUCGCCCCACCUGCGACGCGUCGGGGUCCUGUUGGACUACGACGCUGGUUACGUGACCUUCUACGAUGCCGUGGGCUCCCAGCACCUGCACACAUUUCACGUCUCCUUCGUCCAGCCCGUGUGUCCUGUGUUCAACGUGUGGAACAAGUGUCUGACGAUUCUCACUGGUUUACCCAUCCCUGACCAUCUAGAGGGACUGGAAACCCAAGACUGAAAACUACAGACAGACAAGAAGAAAUCACCAUAAACUGGUCUUAAUUAUCUUAAAGCUGCACUGGGCAAGAUUUGUGAAAAUGAUCAUCUGUAGAAAAGAGAACAGAAGAGUGAGUGUCCUAUCCUUUUAAAUUCUUACAGAUCUGCUCUAUUUACCUAAAUUGACACUCAUCAGUGUCAGAUAUUUUCUUCUUCUCCCAUUUGGUUUUUCUUUGGCACAUGCUGUCACAGACCGGCCGUUUUGGUAAUAAGGAGUGUGUGUAGCCUCAAUCCAAAUAAUUGAAACACUUGCUACCAUUUGUGCAAAAUUACCUUGUGCAGCUUUAAUAUGCAAAGAAAAAAGAAGAGAUGCCUGGGGUAUUACUUAAUCAUGCUUCUCAAAAGUGAUUUUCAGUUGUUUACUAUGAUUUCUAAAAUCAAAUAUGAGUGAAAAUGUAUUCUAGAUGUAUGACAGUAAGCUGGUGUCGAUCCAGAGGAGACCUGGACAAAUGGACAGAGUUGAGCCAGAAAUUCCUACUCUAAAGCACUUUGGGCCAUGAUGGGUAUAUUUGUACCAUGGCAACUAGGAAACAAGCCACAAAUCAAUUUUUAAUUUUCACCUUAUCAGAUAUAGCACUUUGAAAAUCCCUCAAAGUACACACACAUACACUUACACUGCAUACACACACACAAAAACAUGCACGAAUACACACAUACCACCCCAACUUUAAUCAAUUACAGAUGCUGGAAAGAGCAGAAUAACAGAUGUAUAUUUUGUAAAUUCAUCGCAUCCCCCCCAUUAUCUUUCAUUAAAAAAGGAACCAAAGUAGCCAUUGCUGUCUGUUCAGAUGUCUUUACAUACAUUUUACUUAAGGUAAUUAAUGCUGAAUUAUUUUUAAAAAAGUGACAGAGAGGUAAUAGCAUCAUGCUAAUAUUAAAUGCAGGAUUCCCUUAAAUGUAGACCUUGGUUUUGCACAUUGUUCAUACUUUAUUCAUGGUUUUGUAGCCUAAAAAUCUAAUUCAUUUUGGUGUAAUUAAGAUGCAUUAAUAUUGGGGAAGUGUCGUGUUCUGCUUGAAAUAGUGUUCAUUUCCAUUUUUGGCAGCCAGAGUCCUGCCAUUUUAUGUGAUACAUAAUAUGUGAGCUGUGUUACAAUUGUAGCUCCAGGUUAUUAUUGGAGCUCAAUAUUAUUGAAAAGGUUGAAUUCGCUAUAAAAAACACACACCUCCUUCACUGUAUUGAGACAACAUAGCCAUGCACAGGGGGCUGUCCUCAGACUUGUUGCACAUUGAUGAUGUCAGUAGGGUUCACAUCACUCUUCACUUCACCCAUUGGCUGAAUCUUGAUUUGGAUUUUCCCUAAUUCCUUGCUUUUUUAAAGGGACAAAACGGCCUAAAUGAGAUACUCAAAGGUCAAGACCCCUUCCAACAAACCUCCCAAAGGGAUAUUGUCAAUUCUAUAUCCUAUAAUUCAGUUUUUUUCUAUAUGUAAUAAUGUUUAAUAGUAACAAAAACGGCGCUCCUAAGUGUAAAUACAAAAAUUUGGUUGUAUUUCUGUCGCUUUGUUUCAAUACCUGGUAAACUUGUAUGACGAUAAAUAACGAUCUAUUCUUUAAUUUCUGUGUUUCCUUUGCAAUUAAUUGAACUGUACAUUUUCAUUGUAACUGAUGCGAAUAUGUAGUGCUUAAUUUAAUGUUUCCAUUUGAACUUUAUGACCAUGGUAUUAUAUGUUCUGUCUCUGUGGACAUUUUUAUGGAAAACAGGAUAUGAGUGCUUGCAUCACUGUCGUCUGAGAUAAGUCUAUGAGAAGGUCAAAAAUAAACAUUGUUCCUUUUCACAUUAAA